GUCUCCGGUUGACAGUAGAGAAUUCGGUGGCCAUGGAUAAAGUUGUCGGGAUCCUAGGCGGAGGCCAACUGGGCCGUAUGCUAGCUCAGGCUGCGUCACUCCUCAAUAUCGAUGUUGUCAUCCUCGAUGUCGGUGAAAACGGACCAGCCAAACAAGUCGUCGCACCCCGUUCUCCAAAGCUAUCGCACGUCGAUGGCUCCUUUGCGGAUCCUGACAGGAUCCUAGAGCUCUCCGCGAAGGCAGACGUCCUCACAGUGGAAAUCGAGCACGUCGAGGUCACCGUUCUCGAGGCUCUCGAAAGCAAAGUCCCGCUUGGCGUGCAUCCGAGUCCCUUCACGAUCAAGAUCAUUCAGGACAAGUACCUGCAGAAACUGCACUUGCGCGAUGCUGGCUGCCCCCUCGGCGAGUUCACUCUGGUCGACUCAACCGUGGAGUCUAUCCGGGCAGCGACUGUCCAACUCGGUUUACCUCUCAUGCUGAAGAGUCGGACCCUUGCGUACGACGGGCGAGGGAAUUUUGUCCUCAACAAUAGUUCUCAAGCGGAGGAAGCCAUCUCUGCGCUGGGCGGCAGGACCCUAUACGCGGAGAAGUGGGUGCCUUUCGUGAAGGAGAUCGCUGUUAUGGUUGUCCGCUCUCGGUCUGGAGAGGUCAUCUCGUAUCCUGCUGUCGAGACGGUUCACAAGCAAAAUAUCUGUCAUCUGGUCUUUGCUCCUCUCCGCGAUCGCGACUCCGCCAUAACGGCUCGUGCUCGUUCUGUUGCUGAGGAUGCAGUCAAGACCCUUAAAGGCGCGGGUGUCUUCGGUGUCGAGAUGUUUCUCUUGGCUGACGGGAGAGUGUACCUGAACGAAAUAGCGCCACGACCACACAAUUCCGGCCACUACACCAUCGAAGCAUGCGAAACUUCGCAGUAUGAGAACCACCUCCGCGCCAUCCUCGACCUCCCGCUUGGCUCCCCCGCCCUGAAAGUCCCUUCCGCAUGUAUGCUCAAUAUCCUCGGCGCCUCUUCCUCCUUCUCCGAGAUCACGUCCUUCGCCAACUUCGCAUUAACCGUACCCGGGGCUCGUGUGCACCUUUACGGCAAGACAGAGAGCCGCAAGGGUCGCAAGAUGGGCCACGUCACCAUCGUUGCCGACUCAGACGCCCAGCUUAGCACCCGUCUCCGGCCCUUGCUCGCCAAACUCCCAGGCGGCCACGAUCCACGCGAACUGGAUUUGUACGCCCCUCUCUUCCCCGCCUAUGGGUUCUCGCAUAGGCAGCCUCUCGUCGGUGUCAUCAUGGGCUCCGACUCCGACCUCCCAGUGAUGCUUCCGGCGGCGGAGAUCCUCACCCGCUUCGAGAUUCCGUACGAACUCACCAUUGUGUCCGCACACCGCACGCCGGACAGACUUGUUGAAUACUCGCGGUCGGCGGCUGCCCGGGGGCUGAGGGUGAUCAUCGCUGGAGCAGGCGGAGCAGCGCAUUUGCCUGGGAUGGUAGCAGCGAUGACUGCUCUGCCCGUCAUUGGUGUACCCGUCAAGGGCAGCUCGCUAGAUGGCGUCGAUUCUCUCCACAGCAUUGUUCAAAUGCCGCGCGGCAUCCCCGUUGCCACUGUGGCGAUCAACAAUGGCACGAACGCGGGCUUGCUUGCCGUUCGCACAUUAUCUACUGGCCAGCCUCACCUUGUCACUGCGAUGGACGAGUACCUCGUAGGACUAGAGACGGAGGUCCUCGGCAAGGUCGACAAAAUCGCGGAGGUAGGCUGGGAGGCGUACCUAGAAGCGAAAAAGACUAGCGGUAGCUCGAAGUAAACCCAUUGGCUAGGAUGUAACGAGGGAAGCAGCAUCAAGUGUAUAUAUACUUGUAGCAUUUGUAGUAGAUGCGUAUGCGAGGCGGAUGACCCGACC